AUGCAGACUGAAGGAAGUAGCUCCAAAAGUGCCGAAAAACAGCCAAUCACUUCAAAAACUGUAGAAUUGCAAAACAUAAAAACUAAAAUGCAUUCUUCGAAUGCAGCAACUAACUGGAUUUGGUCUUAUUGGGAAGAAGUAACGAAAGAAAUAAAAGGGACUCCUUGUCAAGUAAUUAUUUGUAAAGUCGCUGAGAAUCUCGAUGCUUCUCCAUGUGGCAAAACAUAUAUCAAGGGAGGUGGUUCAACAGGGAACGCAAUAAAUCAUCUUAGGAACAAGCAUAAUAUUACUAAAAAUGGAAAAGAAGAUAAGAAACAGCAAAAAUUGGAUGGUAUAAUACAACCCUAUACACGUUCCGAAAAGAGACAGCAACAACUACAAUUACUUGCUGAUUGGAUAAUAGCAGAUCCCCUUCCUUUUAACAUUGUGAACAGUAAAAACUUUCGAGAAUUUGUUUACCAACUCGAUCCCGGAUUUGUCAUGCCCUGCCAGGAAACUAUAAAGUCAAUUAUAUACAAGACUUAUUGGG